AUGUCGACCACCGUGAACGAUCUGCUCAUCGAGCAGAGUGAAAACAUUAGCUCGCUCAAAAGAGUCCUCGUCAAUUUCAAAAAGCUAGCCAAGCCGAACGUGACCCUCGCCAAAACGCGAGGUCGUCUUGCCACUGCGGCGGAAAUCUGGGGCGCUUGCCGCUCCCUCCACGUCAAGCUUCUUCAGAUGGCAACGCCGGAGCAGAAGAAGGCCUUAUCGUACUUCGAGAAGGACGAGUUUCUCGCAGCUGAGGAUGUCUACAACGAUGUGGCCGAUCUCCUUCAUGAAACGAUAAGUCGAUUUACACCAACUCAAAUCGCGCUUAACGAUCGUAGUCUCGAUUCCUCCGUUCGCGAACCUAACAAUCAUUGUUUUCAAUUGCCACGCAUCACGCUCCCGAAGUUUGCCGGUAAAUUGACUGAUUGGGAAAACUUUCGCAAUAUUUUCGAGUCUCUCGUAGCAAACAACGACGCUCUUUCAAAUUCCCAGAAAUUUCAUUAUUUAAAAACGAGCGUAACCGGAGAUGCUUCACUGUUAAUCAAUAAUUUAAAGAUUUCGGAUGCAAAUUAUGAGUCGGCCUGGCAAUUGCUAACAAACGAGUACGAUGAUAAACAAGCGUUAAUUUACUCGCAUCUGCAUGCAUUUUUUAAUUUUCCGGUGAUGAGAUCCGAAAAUGUAAGCGAUCUUCGCAAGUUACGCGACACAGUGUCUGCAUCAUUAGCCGCGUUAAAUAACCUCGGUCGUCCGGUAGAGCAAUGGGACGACGUUCUUAUAUAUAUAAUCACGCAAAAGUUUAGCGCGAAAACGCGUACAGAGUGGAAUCUGAAGCGAACGAAACGCGACGAGCUCCCUACUUAUCAGGAACUCAGUGAAUUCUUAACGCUUCGCAUUCGCGGACUAUCUGACUUUUCGGAUGCGAGCACAGACGCCGGCUCCGCGAAACACGAUAAGCCGCGUUCGUCAGUCAAUAGCGUGACCGUCGCCAAAUGUAUUUGCUGCUCCGGCGAGCAUCCAGUUGCGAGAUGCGAAACGUUUAUUAAAAAAUCUGCUUCACAGCGUUGUGCUUUUGCCCGUCAACAUAAGAUUUGUUUUAAUUGCUUAAAGCCCGGGCACUUUCCGACGAAAUGCCCGAGUAAAUUUCGAUGCAGACAGUGUAGUCGCAUGCAUCAUACACUGUUGCAUUCCGCGUACUAUGGCGCCUCUGUCAGUACAGAGGCUUCCGCGGCGACUACCUCUGAGUCCGCCUCGAGCGUCUCUAACGACUCGCUAGUUCCGCCGAAGGUACCGCCAGUUGCGAGCGUCCAGACGGUACCACCCUCGCUCGAUCGACCUCCCAACGUUCUUUUGGCCACGGCGUGGGUCGACCUCCACACAAAAGAGGGUCGAUGUUUGAAAGUACGUGCGCUGCUGGAUCAAGGAUCCACUUUCAGUUUUAUUUCGGAGUCGCUUUCACAAGCUUUGCGCACUAAACGGCAACGAGCCAAUUUGCAAAUUAAAUGUUUCGGCGAAAAAUUCACCGGUACUGCUAAGUCACGAUUAACGCUUCGAUUAACCCCGCGUUCGAAAGCUGAUCCGAGCUUUCCUCUGGAAGCUUACGUAUAUCAACGCAUUACUUCGUAUGCCGCGUCGCAAGUUCAGCCGUUCGAAACGUGGCCACAUUUACAGGGUCUCUCCUUUGCGGAUCCUGAUCCUUCGAGUCACCACCAAAUUCACUUAUUGAUCGGUGCUGACCUUUACGGCUCACUUUUGCUGCGCGAUAUCCGUCAAGGUCCUAUCGGUACUCCGACCGCUCAAUUGACCGCUCUUGGUUGGGUACUCUCUGGCCCUACGACUAGUAGGUCCACCGCUUCUGCUGAAGCCUCCGUAUUGAACUGCGUGUCUAAUCAGGACAUCCACUUGCUUCUCCAGAAAUUCUGGGAAGAGGAGGAAAUUCCUCACCCUUUACCCCUCACUGAAGAGGAGGAGAGGUGCGAAGCUCACUUCGUUGCGAAUCAUUACCGGAAUUCGCAGGGACGUUAUACCGUCCGAUUGCCAUUUAAGCAUGAUCUCCCGAUAGAAAUCGGUGAUUCUUUAUCAAUUACAACUUCGCUGUACUAUAAAAUGGAGAGCAGGUUACGACGUCAACCUGAGCUUCAAGCUCAGUAUAAUGAGUUUUUAAAAGAAUAUCGCGCUCUCGGGCAUAUGACAAAGGUGGAGGACUCUGAGCAUUCCGAGUUCAAACCCGUAUACAUAUCGCAUCACCCUGUCUUGCGUGAUUCGAGCUGUACCACUAACUUACGCGUUGUUUUCAACGCCUCUUGCAACACGAGCAACAACUCCUCUCUCAACGAUCAUCUGUUGAUCGGUCCGAGGUUGCAACAAGAUCUCCCGCGAUACUGUUGCGCUGGCGGCAGUGGCGCCUGGUCUACACUGCGGAUAUUGCUCAGAUGUUCCGCCAGAUCCUCGUGCAUCCGUCUGACACGGACUUUCAGAGGAUUCUUUGGCGUUCGUCGGCUGACUCGCCGAUCGAACGCUACCGACUUCUCACGGUGA